AUGAAUCUCUAUACUCCAGGUGAUGGCAAGGGGUCAUUUAUUGUUGAUGCGGAGAUCUCAUACAUUCAUGGUGAACCCUGGGAGAUCACAGACCAUGACUCGCAGAGCCUCAAUAUCGAAAUCGCGAUUGACGAGGCGCAAUUACAUCUGACGCACUCGGUAUCUAUCAACACCUCUUCCAAUGAGCUGGAGUUCCCCCUGUAUGGUCUCGCUCCCCGCUUCGAGCCCUACCGUGUCAAUCUCAAAGCCAAUCGCCAGGACGGUGGCCGUGUGUACACUGCCACCACUAAUCUCUACCAUUUACCCGAGCGCACAGAUGGCGGCAGCAUCACGAAGCUCGACAGUCUGUAUGGCGGACUUCUGGUACAGGACUAUGCCGAUGACUCUUCAUGGAGCCCGCUACUCCCAUACUCCUACUACGUCAGCUGGGAUGGCUAUCUCGAGAAAUCCCUAAGCAAUAUCCAAAGCUUCAAAGAUCAAGGCUAUAAUAUCAUCCACAUUGUACCCGACGCAGGCCUUGCAAAUGAAGCUUUCAACUUCACUGAGCUAGGCAAGUUCCUCAACAAAUGCGACGAGGUCGGUCUGUGGGUGAUGUAUGACAUGCGCUGGACAUACGAGAACCUCACUUCGGUUCAGUAUCAAGUCGAUAUACUCAAAACACACAAGAGUAUGCUUCUCUGGUAUGCAGGUGACGAGCCUGAUGGUCAAGGGGGACCCACUGAAUGCAACCAAGAUCACGUACGACCUGAUCAAAUCACUAGACCCAUGGCAUCCCGUUUCACUCUGUCUGAACUGCUAUAA